AUGGCUGAAGAACAGCAGAAGCAACAAGGCGCAGGCGUUCUGGGCGGUCUCGCCGAUACCGUGGGCAACACUGUCGGCGGAGUUACUGAUACCGUCGGCAACACCCUCUCUGGCGUCGGUCAGGGCGUAGGGAAAACCGUCGGUGGCGCGACUGAAGGUCUCGGCAACACCACCAAAGCCGUAGGUGAUACGGCCAAGGGCGCCACUGACACAGUCGGCGGCAAAGACAAGAAGCAAACUGCCGAAGAUCCUCUUGGAUUGGGAACUUGA